AUGGUGAUGCCUAAUCCAGAAGAAUAUACUGCAAUUCAUGGUGUACUGAGAAUAUUACGAUUUUUAAAUAAUUAUCCAGCUGAAGGUACUGGUACUUUAAUUUUAUCAGAAAAGGCAAAAAAUUUAAUUGGUCCUAAAUUACCACAAAUUUUAAUUGAUUAUUCAACUGCAACUCAAUUGAAUUUAUUUGGUGAUUAUCCUAAUAAAUCAGAUAUUAUUCCUUCAGCAAUUUUCAUUGGAUUAUUUUCUAUAAUUGCCAUUUUACAUUUGAUAGUAUUUUCUAUUAAUUAUUAUCGAGGUCAUUAUUUUUGGUUAUCAUUAGGUUGGGUAUUUUAUGCCAUUUGUCGAAUAUUGGGAUUUGCUUUAAGAAUUGUAUGGUCUCAUGAUUUAACUGAUUGUAAAGUGGGGAUUACUAGUGAAGUAUUUUUAAUUAUCCCUACAGUUUUAAUUGCUUCAUUUAAUCUUGUUUUAGCUCAACGGAUAUUUACUUGGAGACAUCCAGUGGGUGGAUCAAGAAAAAUUUUUUGGACUUUAAUGUGGAUUCUUUAUGCUUUAGUUGCUGGUGUAGUAGCUAUGACUAUUGUUACUUCAGGAGGUUUAAAUAUUUAUUUACUUUCUGAAGCUAAUUAUUCUCGUUAUAAAAAAGUGGUUAUGAGUACAUCAAUUUUAAUUAUUAUUUAUUCUUUAACAGCAGUUGGAUUAAUUCUUUUAGCUUGGUUAUUUAAACCAACUAAAAAAGAUGAAAAUUUAUAUACUUAUCAACCUUGGUGGAUUGAAUCAUUUGCACCAUUUUAUUUUGUGAAAAAAAAUGAACCUCAAAUUGCUGCUUUAUCUUUUUUAAAAAGAAAUCAUAAUCAUCGUUAUGCAAUUCGAGUUAUUGCUGCUACUCAUAAUCUUCAUAAAACCGUGAAAGGUUUAACUAAUCAACGAGGUGAUUUGACUCAUAAUGUUUCAUUAAUGAUAAUUGGUGUCACCACUUUGAUUAUAUUGGUUAGUUCGAUUCUUCGAGCCGUUAUUUGUUUCCAAGGUCGUAUGAAAUAUUUUACCGCCCCUGUUGGUAAAGCCCCAGUAAUGUAUGUGUUUUGGGGUGGUCUUGAAGUUGGGGUCAAUUUAUUAUAUAUCAUUGGUCGGGUGGAUUUGAGGUUUUAUCGACCAGAUAGAUUACCAAAAGAUGUUAGAAAUAUUGUUACAGCAGAACAAUCAUUAUAUCCAUCUGAAAUUGAAGAUGAAGGUGAUGAUCAAAAUGUAUUGGAUAAAGAAUCUUUGGAUAAACAUCCUCAACCAUAUUCAGGGAAAACUUUUAGUAAUAAUAAUAAUAAUAAUAAUCAUCAUCAUGAUGAUAAUGAUGAUAAUGAAUUUGGAUUCACUGAUUCAGAUGAUAAAGAUGUCCAUACUGAUCUUGAUGGUAAUGAAGAUUUUGAUUUUAUUAAUGGUGGUUCUGAAAAACCUAAAAAUAAUUUUCCUUAUCCAUUUAAAGAAAAAUCAGAAACCGUAUCUGAAUUUCAUUUUUAA